AUGAAAGAAAACUUUCUCACGAUUACGGGUAAAAAGGAGGUUCGAGACACGAACAAAAAUCUGCACUUCACUAUCGCGAACAGCAAGGUCGAGAUUCUGGACGCUGCAGGAGGACCAGUGUGCAUGCUAGUAAGCAAGGUGUUCACGAUUCGAAACACCACCUAUCUCUGUCCGGGAAACAGCACAGACACGGAUGGUCACUUGCUAAGGGCUAGGAAACUCCUCUUCACCAUUGCCCCCGUUCUUGAGGUUUUCUUGCGGGGAAACAAUUCAGACAACCCGGACAUGAUAUUAUCUGGCUCAAUUUUCAAUUAUGAUUUCAAAGUUAGUUUCUGCCAACCCAAACCCUUCUUUCCCAUGGCUCCCCUCCUUUUCUUCCACUCCCAUUCAUUGCAGAAUGAGCAUUGCUUUAUCCUUUUUGUCAUAACCCACUGA